GCAAUGGCAUUGGCGUUGGCGGGCUGUCAGUAAAUGAUCCCAUGUGAAACUACAGACCCAUCAUCCAGAUGGUCCAAAAAAGCUACAGAGCCACCCCAACCCCACACCCACCAUAUGAUUUGGGCACCACUGUUAUUUCUUCAAAAAACCAAGGCCAUUUGUGAGUCUUGGCAUGCAUAAAAAGGCCAUUUUCUCAACCCCAUUUGAAAUCACAAACCAAAACUCAGGAUUACUAACACCAUCUGUACCAAGAAUGUAUAGUAGUAGUCAAUCAAGAAUGAGGGUUUCCACUGUGUUGUCGGUGCUGUUGUGUUUGGCCACUUGCCACUUGCCUGCUUUUGCCUUCAGGGAUGGACUAUUAGACAAUGGCAACUUUGAGCAGGCUCCCAAGUCCUCAGAGCUUAACGGGACCAUUGUCCUCAAACCCCAUGCUGUACCGAAAUGGCAAAUCUCGGGCUUUGUUGAGUACAUUAAGGCUGGGCAAAAGCAGGGUGACAUGUUACUAGUGGUGCCGGAGGGGUAUGCUGCUGUUAGGCUUGGAAAUGAGGCGUCGAUUAAGCAACUAAUAAAUGUCACCAAAGGAAUGUUUUAUUCGCUGACAUUUAGUGCCGCCAGGACUUGUGCUCAAGAGGAGAGGGUAAAUGUGUCAGUAGCACCGGAUUAUGGGGUGCUUCCAAUUCAAACAUUGUACAGUAGUAACGGGUGGGACUCGUAUGCAUGGGCAUUUCGUACAAGCUAUGAUGUGGCUGAGAUCCUCAUUCACAAUCCAGGUGUAGAAGAAGAUCCGGCUUGUGGACCGCUGAUUGAUUCGGUGGCCAUUCGAGCUCUAUAUCCUCCUAAACCGACUAAUCAAAACCUGCUGAAAAAUGGGGACUUUGAGGAAGGUGCAUACAUAUUUCCCAACACGAGUUGGGGAGUCCUCAUCCCACCAAACAUUGAGGACGAUAACUCUCCACUACCAGCCUGGAUGGUCGAAUCCCUCAAAGCCGUCAAAUACAUCGAUGCCGCUCAUUUCUCUGUCCCACAUGGGCAGCGAGCUAUCGAGCUCGUCGGAGGAAAAGAAAGUGCUAUCGCACAAGUGGCCAGAACUAUUGUUGGCAAGACAUACCAGCUCACAUUUGCAGUCGGAGAUGCCAGCAAUUCUUGCGAGGGAUCUAUGAUCGUCGAGGCGUUUGCUGGCAGGGACACUGUCAAGGUCCCUUACGAGUCAAAGGGCAAAGGUGGCUACAAGCGUGCCGUGCUGCGUUUUGUUGCAACUACUACUCGAACUCGAAUCAUGUUCCUCAGCACGUUCUAUCACAUGAGGAGCGAUGACUAUGCUUCGCUUUGUGGACCUGUUGUCGAUGACGUGAAGUUGCUCAGCGUUCGCAAGCCAAGGCGGCUCGCCUGAAGGAGACAAAACAAAACUUGAAGAAUAUACUAAGAAAUAUUUUGGGUGCAAGAAAAGGCUGCAAGUCUUUCAAUUUUAGUUGCUACUACAAAAACUCAGCUACAACAGCCUGAGUUGUAACAAGUAUAUAUAGAGAAGCGUGAUUUGAUCUGUCAGAUGUUAUGUUAAGCCCAAUAAAUGGGGGGGAGGAGUUGAAUCUA